AUGGAAGGUUUCUUGACUCGCUAUCUACACGGUAAUUCAACGCAGGUUCAUGUUCGUGGAAGUUCAUUUGGCCCAGAAGAUCAGCCUUCUAAAAAGCAUGUUAGUAAGACACCUCGCUGGCUUCGUAAAGCACUUGAAUCAAUUGUCUUGAGCGUGCCUUUUCCGGGUGCCACUGAAACAGACUUGAUUCAAUCUUUAGAGUUAUCUAACAUCAACAUUGAUUUUUCACCCACAGCAGGGCCUCUUAUUACUGGAAAUGCUGUUGCAAUGCUUAAGAAACCAAAAGAAAUGCAAUUUCAUAUGGAUGUAACCGAAAUUGAUCCACUUGUUUAUUUGUUCCUAAACAAAGAUUCCAAAAAACCAUUUGCCUCUGUAAGACCAAAUCAACCAUGUCCAGCAAAGACGGAAGAAGGAAAUGGUUUGGAAUUACCUAUUGGUAUGAUGAAAGUAACUUCACGAUUGUAUCGAGCACCUUUUAAAGUCUUGCCUGGUGGACAAAAGGAUUUCGAGGAGUUCUUGAACCGCGUAUACAACGAAAAGAAAGGCAAAGUCUAUAUCCAUGGUACUUCUGAUGCCAAAGUAACAAGCGCUUUUGGUAACUUGAACAUCCGCGAUCUUGAGUUUGAUGGCGAGAUUGAGACACAAGGCUUACAAGGCAUGAAGCAUCCUCCACCAAAAACGAUAUCGAUGAAGAUCAUGAAGGGACAUAAAGAUGCUAUUGAAGCACAAGUAGACUUGAGCAUCUAUAGUCCAUCUGACGUAGCCAUUAAUUUAGGAGCACUUAAUAUGAUGCUGCUCUUUAAUGGCCAUACUAUUGGUAAUACAACUAUACCCGAACUUAAACUAGCGCCAGGUAAAUUCAACGGACUGAAUGCUUCUGCUUGGUUAUUUGCUGACAACCAACAUGUCUUGGACUUUAUUGGGCAAUACAUCUCAGAAGGUUUUGGUACAAGAAGUAAUGUUACGCUUACUAUAUCAGGCCAACAUCCUAAUGCUUCACAAUCUGAAUUUCUGAACCGCUUUUUACAGGGUAUGGCAUUUGAUAUCCAUGUACCAUCUUUUGAUGAAGAGCCACUCUUGGCUGAUUGCCAAAUGAAUAUAUUGUCAUCCACUGCCACCAUGAGUUUAAGGAAUCCGUUUGAACAUGUCCAAAUGUCUAUUCACAAAAUCAAUGCUUCUGCAACUUAUGAAGUAUAUGAAAUUGGCAAACUUUUAGCUAAUUUUGAGGACCAUGGGGAAGGCUGGAAAGGACCCAUGUUGCUCCCACCUACUGUCUGUGAUGCAUCAGGUAACUGUAAAGGCGUGGUUGUUGAAUCAGAAAAGAUACCUGUGAUGACAAAGAAGUUGGGCUAUGAUGCAAUUAAAAAAGCAUUGGGUGGAUCUAUUCAAAUUUCUGUAGACAGUCAAGUGGGUGUCAUGAUUGAUCAGUUUAGAAUGGAUAAUUUGCAGUACCAACAAACCAACAUUACUACAAAAGUUAGAAAAGGUUUCUAA